AUGGAAGGUAACAGAGCAGCCCCAUUUCUUACCAAGGCAUACGCCAUUGUUGACGAUCCAUCCACAGACAGUGUUGUGUCAUGGAGCGCAGGAAACAACAGCUUUGUUGUGAAGGAUCCCCACCAUUUCUCUAUACAUCUGCUCCCUCGUUACUUCAAACACUCCAACUUCUCCAACUUCAUUCGACAGCUCAACACAUAUGGAUUUCGUAAAGUAGAUGGUGAUAGAUGGGAGUUUGCAAACGAAUGCUUUCUUCGAGGUCAAAAGCAAUUACUCAGGAGUAUUCAUCGAAGGAGUUGUAAUUAUCAUACCUCUGAAGGGGAAUUACAUGGCCUUAGCGGGGAAGAGGAUGCCGUUGUUAUGGAGGUUGUUAAGAUGAAGAAGGAGCAGGAAAGUAUUGAUAGAGAACUUGAGGACAUGAAAAGGCGAAUCAGCUUCAUAGAGAAAAGACCACCGCAGAUGAUGUCGCUCCUCCAAACAGUCAAUCACAAUCCGAAUUCCACCUUAAAAAAGAGGAAGCUAUUGCCACCAGAGAAACAGAGAAAAACCAGGCGUGAAUUGGGCUUGGAUUGUGUAAGUACAAAUGGGUUUGUGGAUCAUGGGUUGAGUACAAAUUCAUUGAUUUCUGAUGGGAUUGAAGAUUCUGAGACUAGGGCUGGAUUGCUCUCUAAGGAACUAAUGGACACUGGCUCACUUGGAAAUCAGAGCUCAGAGAAAUGUAUUGAAAAGACGGAAGUUUUGAAAUUGACAGAGACAAAAGAGGAAAUUAACGAUGUGCAGAGAAAAAUCAGGCCUGAACUGGGCUUGGAUUGUUCUAGAACAAAUGCUUUAACUACACCAUAA